AUGAGUAACCAGUAUAAUCCGUAUGAGCAGAACCAGUCUUACGAGCUGCCCUCGUACAAGGGGGGCAACAACGACGAUUUUGUCAAGUUUAUGAACGAAAUUGCUGACAUCAACGCCAAUUUGGACAACUACGAAGAACUAGUGAAGAUUAUUGAGCAAAAACAAACCCAACUCGUGAAUGAAGUCAACCCAGACCAGGAGAACUCUUUGAAACGACAGCUAGACUCCCUAAUCAGUGAAUCCUCCUCUUUGCAAUUAUCGUUAAAGUCCAAGAUUAAGAACGCUCAACAGCUGGCUAUUGGCGACUCGGCUAAGGUGGGACAAGCUGAGACCAGUCGACAACGUUUUCUUCAAGCUAUUCAGGACUACCGUAUUAUUGAAAGCAACUACAGAGAACAGCAGCGAGUCCAAGCCGAAAGGCAAUAUCGUGUCGUUAAGCCCGAUGCCUCCCCUGAAGAGGUCAGAGAUGCUAUCGACGACUUGGGUGGCCAGCAGGUGUUCUCAACGGCUUUGCUGAACGCUAAUAGGAGAGGAGAGGCAAAGACGGCGCUUCAAGAAGUUCAAUCUCGUCACAGAGAGUUGCAAAGGUUAGAAAAGACUAUGGCUGAACUUACUCAACUGUUCCAUGACAUGGAGGAGAUGGUAGUUGAGCAGGAUCAACACGUUCAAGAGACCGAGAACUUGGUAGACACUGCCCAGCAGGACAUUGAAAAAGCAGUCGGCCACACCGAUAAGGCCUUGACUAGUGCUAAAAAGGCACGGAGAAAGAAGUGUAUCUGCUUCUGGAUCUGUGUCCUUAUCAUCUGUAUUCUUGCACUGAUCCUUGGUCUGGGAUUCGGUGUCGGAAACUGGGGAAGAUAG